AUGCCAAUUCAAACAAAGAGAUAUAAAAUACGACAUUUGAGAAGACAUGAAAUUCCUCAGUUGCUUCAGAUUUGUCAUAAAGAGGGACGACAUAUGGGAACUACCGAAGAGGUUGAGUCUUGGCUUCAAUUUGAUCCAAAAGGUUUCUUUGUGGCCGUUGAUGACGACGGCGUAAUACUGGGCAGUUGUUGUGGUAUACGAUUAAGUGGACAACACGGGUAUGUGGGGAUGUAUGUGGUAAGUGCUGAAUGGAGAGGCUGUGGUAUAGGGAAGCAGAUCUGGAACGCAGCCAUUCAUCACUUGGGUCACCGAAACAACGGUUUGAGCGCUGUUUCACAUCUCUUCCAAUUAUAUCGAGAUAAGGCUGGCUUUUGUCACAUUGCCGACUGGACAGUCGACUUAUAUAAACUCAAUCACAUGCAUAAACUAUACCAAUACAUUGCAUCGGAUCACUCCAUCAACAAGAGUGAUACCGAUAUCCCUAUCUAUCAGUUAAACUAUGAUAUGUCUGAGUUCUGUACCGUUAGUGUAUCACCAAAGUUGCGAACCAAACCCAUAAAUGACAAAUUGAUAGCCGAUGUCAUUGCUUAUGAUAGACGUCUGCAUUCAUACGACCGGUCAAAGAUUGUCAGACUUACGGUCAGGGAAUCCAAAUGCCGGACUCGAGUGGCUCUCUUGGGAGACACUGUUGUCGGUUACGGUUGUAUUAAACCUAAUUUACAAAACCAUUGGAUGAUAACACCCUUAUAUGCAGACAAUGAAUACAUAGCACGUAUGCUCUUAUGUGACCUGUUGUCGGGCCUAUCGAUGCUUGAGUUGGAUGAAGGGGUGGUCCUCAAGACCCCCAGUAAUAACAACUCGGCCAUCAAUUUGCUCAAAAUGUUGGGUUUCGAGAAGCAGACCUAUAGCUUGAAGCGGUGUUACACCAGACAAGUGUUUGAUGUGCCCACUCAUCACAUCUAUGCGUUACAUACCUCUGUCUUCUGUACUGAAUGA